AUGACUGAUGCAAAGGUUGAGGCAGAGGCUAAACCUGCUGCAACCGAAGAGAAGAAAUUGAGUAACAAAGAACUAAAAGAAUUAAAGAAAAAGGAAAAAGCAGCCAAAAGGGCUGCUCAAAAGGAAGCUAGUGGAAUCACACCAGAACAACAAAAACAAAUAGCAGAACAAAAGAUUGAAAAGAAAAAACAAAAACAAACAACUGCAACUCAUUUAAAGAAGCAAUUGAAUCAAACUGUUAUAAAAGAAAAUAAAAAAAUACCACAUUUAUUUGGACAUUUAGAAACUAGGGAACAAAGAAAUGCUUCAUCACCUACUAUAUCACAUAUUGUACAUCCAGCUAUAUUAUCAUUAACUCUAAAAUAUUCAAGUUAUAGUGUAGUUGGAUCUGUGGCGAGAUUGAGAAAUAUGCUUCAAGUUUUUAAACAAGUAAUUCAAGAUUAUAAAACUCCAGAAAAUACAACUUUGACUAGACAUUUAACAGGUCAUUUAUCACAUCAAAUAGAAUAUCUUAAAUCUGGUCGUCCCUUAUCAGUAUCAAUGGGGAAUGCUAUAAGGUGGUUAAAACAAGAAAUUUCAUUGAUAUCAAUAGAUACAUCUGAUAAAAAAGCGAAAGAAAUAUUAUGUUCGAAAAUAGAUGAUUUCAUAAAGGAAAAAAUUGAAUUAUCUGAUCAAUUAAUUGUUGAAAGCGCUUCAACUCAUAUAUCAAAUGGUUCAACUAUUUUAACUUAUGGACAUUCACAAGUAUUGGAAGAAUUAUUUGUAUAUUGUGCAAAACAUCAAAAUAAACAUUUCACACUAAUUAUUGUUGAUUCAAGACCUUUAUUUGAAGGUAAGACAUUAAUUAAGAAUUUAUCAAAGGCAUUAGGAGAUGAAUUAUCAAAUUAUAUAAGUAUACAUUAUGUAUUAUUGAAUUCAUUAUCCUCAACAUUAUUAGAAGAUGUUGAUUGUGUGUUUUUAGGAGCCCAUGCAAUGUUAUCAAAUGGAAGACUCUUUGCAAGAGUUGGAACUGCAAUGAUAGCAAUGAUGUCUCAUACAAGAAAUAUACCAGUAUUAACAUGUUGUGAAUCAAUAAAAUUUUCAGAUAAAGUUCAAUUAGAUUCUGUUACAAAUAAUGAAUUGGCAGAUCCAGAAGAUCUUAUACUAAAAAAAUCACAAAAGAAAUCAUUUGCAUUAGAACAAUUCAUUGGUAAAAAAGAUGAUGAAAAAAAUAAUGAUGAUGAUGAACCUUUACAAAAUUGGAGAAAAAUUCAAACUUUAAACGUAUUGAAUAUAAUGUAUGAUUUAACCCCUCCUGAGUAUAUAAAUAAAAUUAUAACAGAAUUGGGUGCUUUACCACCUUCUUCAGUUCCAGUUAUUUUAAGAGAGUAUAAGAAUACGUAA